AUGGGUAUCGGACCAGGCCGCACGAGUCGACGUUCCGUGAGGAAAGAAAUCCGUCUCUUCGGAAAGUUGCGAACUGAACUCUCGGUGGUGUUUGAAAGAGGUGCAAGAAGGGCCCUUGGUCUUUGGGUGGAAGAGAUUGAGUCGUGGAAGCUGGGGGUUUAA